GGCGGGGCGGGUAUUCAUGUGGAUCCCUAAGGUUGGGGAGACGUCUCUGGAGCUCAGCCACAGCCUCAGUGCCCAGCGCCUCCUCCUCCACUAGGUCGGGAGCGCGCGUCUCCACCGCACCGCGGCGCAGAGAGCGACUUGCACAGCUCCGGCCACUGGCAGCGGCAGCACGGCGGCACGGCGGCAGGGCAGCGGUGAGGCUCGCGCACCCGAGGAGCUGGACCGUGUAAAGCCUGCGGGCUCCCAAGUUCGAAGCUUGCCCUGCUGCUGCUGAGGUCACCCCUUUCAGCCCGAGGAGUCUGGAAAUCCUGGAUAUAGCUCCGCGGACUGAGCUGAGCAUCCAAGGGGCGCAGGGGACCACGACCCAGCCACACCCUCUGCCGCAGGAUGGAGAUGUCUGCCCAGAGACUGGCUUCUAACAGGACAUCCCCACAGUCACCAUCGAACUCUGACUACACCUGGGAAUAUGAGUACUAUGAGAUCGGACCGGUUUCCUUUGAAGGACUAAAGGCUCACAAAUAUUCGAUUGUGAUUGGCUUCUGGGUUGGUCUUGCGGUCUUUGUGAUUUUCAUGUUUUUUGUGCUGACUUUGCUGACGAAGACAGGCGCCCCACAUCAAGACAAUGCAGAGUCCUCAGAGAAGAGGUUCCGAAUGAACAGCUUUGUGUCAGACUUUGGCAAGCCACUGGAGUCAGACAAGGUGUUUUCUCGUCAGGGCAAUGAGGAGUCCAGGUCUCUGUUCCACUGUUACAUCAACGAAGUGGAACACUUGGACAGGGUCAAAGUUUGCCACCAAACAACAGCCAUCGACAGUGAUGUCCACCUCCAGGAAGCCAUCAGAAGCGGUGGGAGGCCUGAGGAGGAGCUAACCAGGUUUAUGAAGUUUGACAUCCCCAACUUCGUGAACACAGAACAGAACUCCUUUGGGGAGGAUGAUCUUCUGAUUUCGGAACCACCUGUUCUUCUAGAAAAUAAGCCAGUUUCCCAGACAUCACGUAUAGACCUGGGCUGAAAGACACUUGUGGGUGCCUUCUUGAGGAUGUGUUCUGUCUCUGUACAGCAAGAAACCACAUGCUACCCACACUCGUGUGUGUGUGUGUGUGUGUGUGUGUGUGUGUGUAUGGAGAGAGAGAGGGGAGGAGAGCAUGAUGCUUAACGCCCAGGCUAGGACUGGAAUGUAGUGAUAGAGGGGCAAAAUUUGGAGAUGGAAGGCACCAUUUUGUUUUGACUUUUUCCUUUUUGGAUUAAAAAUGCAUUGUCAAUAUUAAGGCUUCUUUAUUGAAACAAUUAGCCACAUAAGCAAUCGAGCCAUCUUCUGGGUGAGGGUUAGGUCACUGCAGUCUGAUCUAGCCCUUUCCCACCAUUCUCCGCCUGUAACAAGCUGCUUUACCUCUCUGGACUGCCACGGUUUUACAGGUAAGGUGGCCUGUCCGGAGUAGAUGACCUGCCCUAGCUCUAGAAUUUUGUGACUUUCAGACUUAGCAUCUAAGACAAGCUAAGAAACACAUAAGCAGUAGAUCAUAGAACAGGGCACCCUGGCUUUCGUGGCAGGUACUCCAGGUCUUGGUACCCUUCCUUCGAUCAACCCUUGCCUGAGUCACACUUUAGUUAGGGAAACCUUUACCAGACCAGGAGACUCACAUGCUGUGGACAGUGUCUCUACUGAGUUAUGCUGUAGCACUUUAUGUGAACUCCACCCAUCCUUGUUUUAAACUGGGACAGCUUUGACUCCAGUGAGUACCAGCCUAAACUGUUUGAUAAGCAUGUGUGCUCUUGGAAAGUGGUAGGGCAGAGUGUCAUCUGGCUGAUGCAGGUCCCUUAUGGGUGUCUCCAUGUUGGCAUCCCUGUGCUCACACUUCUGAAAUAUUUGGCUUCAGAACAAGAAGAAACUUCUCGCCACACUGUUGGUCUGUGUGGCAGAUGUGAAGGUGUCGGCUGCCUGGCUUGGAGCUGAGAGGGUCAGUGGGUUGUUUGUGCCACAGUAGCAGAUAGGAUUGUGAUGAUGUUAAUGUGAGCAAUGUGAUGUUCAUUUUGCAGAGGAAGCAACCCUUUGCUAGGGUCAGAAAGAACUCAGUUUUACACACACACAGAGUUAUAUGCAUGAACAGCUGCUAAUCUCUGGGUGGCAUCUACUUUAAGAAUUUGUUCAUCAUUUGUCUUGCUUAAGUUGCAAAAUAAAUGCAUUGGAUCGCACA